CUCAAAUAUUUAUUAGCGUUAUAUUGUAGUAGCUCGUCUCUGACUGUAAUACUAAUGAUAUCAUGAUCGGAAACGAUGACUUUAUACCACUUUGGAGAAUACGAAAAACAAUUUUAGAAAUGUGUAACGAUAGAGGUUACAUUGUGCCUGACCUGGGUAUGACUAUGGAUGACUUUAAAAUUCGCUUCGGUGAAGAACCAGAUCGUUCUCGUUUACUAGUCUUAGUUCAGCGUAAAUUGGAGCAAUCUGAUAGAAUGUACUGUUUUUUCACUCCUUCUUACGGCGGUGACAAGAAACUCAGAGCUCAGACAAUAGAAGCAUAUUCUAACCAAAUGGAACAAGAUGGAGUGCAGCGCGCUAUACUUAUUGUUGAACACGGGGUUGGUCCAAGCGCUCAGAAGUUAAUAAACCAACUGAGAUCGAAGAAUCAGUUUUUUGAAGUCUUCAAAGACAGUGAGCUCCUUGUGAAUAUCACGGAACAUGAACUUGUCCCGAAACACGAAGUUAUCUCCGAUGAAGAGAAAAAAAUCUUAAUGGAAAGAUAUAGAGUUCGGGAAUCUCAACUUCCUCGAAUUUCGAAGAACGAUCCGGUGGCCCGGUACUACGGGCUCUCUCACGGGCAGGUUGUUAAGAUUACACGUACUUCGGAAACCGCUGGAAGAUACGUCACCUACAGGAUCGUUAUAUAAUUUAGUUAUUUUAUUGAGAGUUUUAAUUGUUUAGUAUAUUUACUAUUAGCAAA